CUGGUUAAAUGCUGGGAGCCUGGGAUGCCUCUCUCCACACCCCAGCCUCGUUGCUUGGAUUCAUCAAACACUUCCACUUUAUUUCCUCUAUGCAGAAAAUGCAGGGAAGAUACCUUUUUUCUUUUUGGUUUGUUUGGUUCUUAGUUAGUUGAAUUGGAGACCCAUCAAAGGGUUUUGUACUUUGCUCUUUUUCUGCAAUCUAUAGCUGCAGUGUUAUGCUGGCAAUUGAGCAAAGCUCAAGUGAAAAACAUAUAAAGCAUUAAAAUUUUUCCUUGAGAAGAAGUUGAAGAAACCACUUCAUAUGAAUCUUUUCAAGCAGCUUUUGCCCACCAAAGGUGGGAUUAUUGGUGCCAAGAAGUAUUGUAGAGCAUCUUUCUGUGCCUUUCUUCAUACAACCACAGAUCAAUCAGUGGAAGUUCAUUCUCCGGACCAGGAAGUGGUGAUUGCUUUAGGAAGCAAUGUGGGUGACAGACUUCAUAAUUUCAAUGAAGCCUUGCAGUUAAUGAGAAAAUCAGGUAUAAAAAUCACAAGACAUGCUUGUUUGUAUGAGACUGCUCCUGCCUACGUCACUGAUCAGCCCCGAUUUCUCAACUCUGCUGUUAGAGCUGUUACAAAGCUAGGGCCACAUGAACUUUUGGGAGUGCUUAAGAAAAUUGAGAAGGACAAGGGUCGUACUGGUGGAAUAAGGUAUGGUCCAAGGCCAAUUGAUCUAGACAUCUUGUUUUAUGGAAAGUAUCGAAUUGGUUCUGAUAUACUUACUGUCCCCCAUGAGAGAAUAUGGGAGCGACCAUUUGUAAUGGCCCCAUUAAUGGAUUUACUAGGAUCUGUUAUCGACAAUGAUACCAUUGCUUGCUGGCAUUCUUUCUCAACAGAUUCAGAUGGACUACUUGGUUCAUGGGAGAAAUUGGGUGGUGAAUCCCUCAUUGGAAAGGAAGGGAUGAAAAGGGUUUUACCCAUUGGGAAUCGCUUAUGGGAUUGGUCAGAGAGAACCUCAGUCAUGGGUAUCCUUAAUCUGACCCCAGAUAGUUUUAGUGAUGGUGGAAAGUUCUUAUCUGUGGAGACGGCUGUUUCUCAUGUUCACUUGAUGAUUUCAGAAGGAGCAGAUAUAGUAGAUAUUGGUGCACAAUCUACACGGCCCAUGGCCUCUAGGAUAUCUGCAGAAGAAGAAUUGGAUAGGUUAAUCCCUAUCUUAGAAGCUGUUCUAGGAAUGUCUGAGAUGGAGGGAAAGCUCAUAUCCGUGGAUACUUUCUAUUCAGAUGUUGCAUUAGAGGCAGUAAAGAAAGGGGCUCAUAUUAUAAAUGAUGUAUCCGCUGGGCAGUUAGAUCCUAACAUGCAUAGGAUUGUUGCUAGCCUUGGUGUUCCUUAUAUCGCUAUGCACAUGAGGGGAGACCCUACUACAAUGCAGAGUAGUGACAACCUGCAGUACGACGAUGUGUGUUUGCAGGUUGCCUCUGAGUUGUUCUCAAGAGUCAAUGAUGCAGAAUUGUCAGGUAUUCCAGCUUGGAGGAUUAUCCUUGACCCUGGAAUUGGAUUCUCCAAGAAGACUGAACAUAAUUUGGACAUCCUCACAGGCUUACCAGACAUUCGUGCAGAGAUUGCUAAGAGAAGUUUGGCUCUGUCUCAUGCUCCCGUACUUAUUGGACCAUCAAGAAAGAGAUUUUUAGGUGAAAUUUGCAAUCGUCCUGGUGCGGUUGAAAGAGAUCCUGCAACCAUUGCUUCUGUCACUGCUGGGAUUUUGGGAGGUGCAAACAUCGUCAGGGUGCACAAUGUUAAAGACAAUGUAGAUGCUGUGAAAGUUUGUGAUGCAAUGCUAAAAGAGUGGAGAACUCGAUCAUAAUGCUAGGAAAUGCAAUCAUUUCGGGUCAUUCAUUCUUAUACCCUGCCAAAGCCAAAGAAUUGUGAGCUAAACGGCUCAUGAAGUUUUCCCAUAUAUUGUUUUUUUCAUUUUUUCGCCUUUUCUUUUGUUCUUACACCAAACUUGUAUUCACAUUGGAUGGAAAGUUUUGUUGUAAACUUUAAUCAUUGUUUAUUCUGCAUUUGUUUGAAGA